AAAAACGAUCUUAUCAGGCUAAAAAUAACCAAACUUCACCCUGAUCUGAGAUAUUCAGUCUAACUUAGGUUUCAGUUUUUGCAGUGCAGCUGCAGCAGUAAUUCCUGCGGGAGGUUAAAGAGUUGAGGUAUGUCGACUGUAUUUGUGUUUCUGUUCCCCUCAAAGACUUUGGGAGCGGCUUACAUGAAGUGAAAGUGAAACAGACUGUCGUGUUUUGGCACGAGUUGUCUGUGUAAGAGCGCAUGACAGUCGUGUGUCGGUUGUCCCGUCUUGGUAAGAAGUUGGGUUCAUCAUGGCCUGGUUCGGCCGCCUCUCUUCUGCUAUUCACUGGAUCAGCAAAAUGCUGUGCCGCUUCUGGCGCUGGACAACAUUAAAGUUUUAUCCUGCCCUCGGCGGGGAAACUCCAGGCCGGCGAAUAGAAUCCGGAAGCAUCAGAGUUGAGACUGAAAUCAGCGAGAAACUUCCAGAGAGUUGUCUGACCGUGUCCCCACCUGCUGUGUUCGCGGUGAAGAGCGAAUACAACAUAGAUCUACAAGAAGAGACUACCGGGGAGGACGAGGCCGCAGGUUUAGUCGGAGUGUCCAAAGUCAAACGAAAAAGCUGUGGUGAAGAGGAUGAAGAUGAUUUCGACAGCCAUGAGUAUCGAGUUAAGACCACAGAUGAAUUUUACUGUGGCUAUGAUUCAACUUGGGAGACAGAAGAUGUUGAGAAGGACCCCCGGGAGUGCAUCAGUCCACCAAUGGCAUCUGACUCUUACAAGUUCAGAAGAUUUGAAAGUGCUGCAAGAGAUAUGCAGAAUUACCGGCAUGACUACCCUAACCAGCAAAGGUCCCGAGGCUCAAAUUACCCAGUAACUGAUACCCAGCCUAAUUUGAACUUCUAUCUUGGCAAUACGCCCUCAGUGCCUGAUGAUAUGUACAUCACCAGUUUCCACAGUGAAUGGUUGGGAUCAUAUGAAGAACUGGAGUACGUACACACCUAUAUUCAAUGGUUGUUCCCACUGCCAGAACCAGGAAUGAACUAUCAGGCCACUCCACUGACAAGAAAGGAAGUUGAGGAUUUUUGCCAAAGCAGCGAUGCAAAGGAAAAUCUGUUGAAGUCCUACAAGCUCAUGUUGGACUUCUAUGGUAUUGAGUUGUGUGAUGAGGCAACAGGAAAGGUUAAGAGAGCAUCAAACUGGGAGGCCAGAUACAACAACCUCAACAGCCACACUCACAACAACCUGCGCAUCACUCGUAUUCUGAAGUGCCUUGGGAUCCUGGGGUUCCCUCACUACCAGGCCCCCCUGGUCCGUUUCUUCCUGAAGGAGACUCUCGUCGAGAAGGAACUCCCAAAUGUCCGGGACAGUGUUCUUAACUACUUCCUAUUUGCUGUUCGCGAUAGAAAACAACGCAGGGGUCUCAUCAAGUUUGCCUAUGAGCAAUAUAAACAUGAAGAGUUUGUAUGGUGCCCAAGGAGAAUUCAGGAGCUAUGGUCAUGCCCGAUCAAAGCCAUAAAGAGGGGUAGAUUGAGUCUUCAAGUGUGAACAAUACGAACAAAUACAAUAUGGUGCAAAUGCAACUGGCAACGCAGGUUCCAUCACUUUUACCAAAUCCAAACUACUCACUAAUUCAAAACAAACCACUAGUUCAGGAACAUGACAUGUGUGCUCUAGAGUGUCAGAGUUAAAGUUGUUAUAACAGAGGACAAACACCCUGUGAUAUAGAGGCAGAUCCACUCAAAGAGCAUCAGAAGCAUCCACUUAAAGUUCCAUUGUAUAAUUCAUACAAUGAGUUACUGUGCUUCACACAAUGACUAAAGUAGCAUUAUGCAGAUAAAUAAAUCUUUAUAUAUAGAUAUAUAAAUAUUUGUUUUAUGUUUCUUUAUAAUCCAGUUUUAUUUGUGUUCUUUGCAUUUUACAAAAAGUCCAGUAUUAUUUGGAUCUUUUAUUUGUUGUUUUUUAUUAUUUGGAUCUUUUAUUUGUUGUUUUUUAUUAUUUGGAUCUGGGUGAACGUGUUCAACCUGGAAAAGGUGCAACUGUAAUUAAAGCCCUUUGUUGAGUAGGAAGCAAUUAUUUUUGGGGUGUUUAUCAACCUGUUACAAUGGUCUGUGAUUUAAAGAACUUAAGAUUUUUUUUUUGGUAUAUUUUGUUUAAUACCAAUAUGCCUUACAUGAUCCUCCAUGUCUCAGUUUUGCAAUUAUUCCUAUUAAAGAAUGUUAUCCGACUUAAAUUAAACAGCAUUUUUAACAUGUAAACAAAUGUUUUUUGAUCAAGGUCUUUUUUUAUUAAUGUGUUAUAAGAAAAAGUAAACAUACAUUCAUAAU